UUUUGUCGUAUUUGCUUGACGGCGACGGGUGUUGAGUACAGCAUCGACGAAACCAUCGACGGCACGGGCAUUUCGCUUUACGCGGUGGUUUGUAAUCUAUGCCCGGUAGCAUUUCCCGAAAAGAGCAGUGAAUGGUCAAGACAUAUCUGCAAACAAUGCCGGCAACGGAUCUUAACUGUUCAAGAGCUACACGAUCUCUGUAAGACAAGCAUCGAAUGUUUCGAGGAGCUGGUCUAUGCUCAAGAAAAGCGGAAUGCCAGCGACUGUUUCGCUGAAGAAACCCCGUGCGAACCCCAACUGGAUAUGGAUGAUAUUGACUUGCUGGAUGAGGACGUGGAAAUCGUAAGAUCAUGCCUCGGGUUGAACAGGACAGCCUCCGGCGAAGAGACGAAUUACGAAUUGUCCGCAAAACAAACACAUUCGUCAGAGGAUGAGUGCGUAUUAUCUGUUAGCGAAGAUCGUCUAUCGGAAGCACCAUCACAUGACCAAGAGGAGUUGUUUGAUUCUUUUGCUACGGAUGUGAACGGAAAUGCAGAUGUACCUGACGCAAACAGCGCAACAGAUUGGCAGAACAUGCCCCAAGAUGCUUUAAUCAUGGAAGAAGAUGGCCAUUACGAUGGCAUGCCAUUAAGCGCCGCCAAUUCCCAAGAAGAUGUCGAGAAGAUCGAUGAUUUAGUAGAUACCAUUAUAUACGCAACAGUGCUUAACGACGAAGUACCUGAGUUACAAAGGAAGAAACCGCAUCGUUGCAAACUGUGUGAAGACAUAGUAUUUUCAUCGGCAUUUCUUUUGAAUAACCACUUGAAACAGUUCCAUUCGGACAUGAUUUUCCAUUGCACGCCAUGCGAUAGAGUAUUUAUGGACAAAGUAACCUAUAGUACUCAUGCAAAAUCCCAUUCAAUGUAUCGCGAUUGCUUCUGCGCUUCUUGCGAAAAGGGUUUUGGCAACCCCAGAGCACUAAUGAACCAUUUAGAAUCACACGAGCAUUCUUGCAUCUGUCCAUCUUGCGGAAUGAAAAUUGAUAAUCACAUGAAGCUUGAGGUCCAUUUAAAGAGCCACGAGACUGUUAAACCAUUUGCCUGCCACUUAUGCCCGCUCCGGUUUCAUCUAGAAGUGAGAUUGAAGGAGCACUUAAGAAGGCAUGAAGGUAAAGGCAAUUUCUCGUGUGAAAUAUGUGGGAAGCGCUUAAAUACGCAACGAAAUUUAAAGAUACAUCAACGUAUGGUGCACACAGAUCGCGACAGGGAGAAACCCUACGGCUGUGAUGUUUGCGAGAAGCGGUUCGAUACGAAAUCAAAACUAAGGUGCCACAUAAGAACUCAUACCGGCGAAAAGCCUUAUGCGUGCAUGUUCUGCGAGAAGCGAUACGCUGAAAGUGGAGAUUUGAAGGAUCAUCUACGGAAACAUCUCGGAGACAAUAUAUACCAGUGCGAUCGCUUCGAUGCUUCUUUUCGAUUGAUUAGAGAGUUAAGACAGCAUUACGCGGUCCAUGCGGAUGCCGCCUCUACCUCCAUAAGCAGAACGGAUUUUCGAUUUACCCUGGAGUACAUAGUAAAUUUGCGCCGUCAAAAAGAACUAUCCAAAUUGCACGCUGGAGAGAAUCAAACUGCCGUCCAAUAAACUUUAAUAAUGUAAAAA